AUGAUUGGGUAUGACGAUACCAAAGUUUUCCCAAUUUUCAUGAAAAUAUUCCAAUUUUUACCUCAAGGAGCAAUUUAUUUAUUGAUCGAUAAUGUUGCAUAUUGCAAAGAAGUCAAAGAAGUAUUUGAUUUUGCAACAGCACCAAAAGUCUUUCAUCUUAUUUCACAAUCUACUGUUUCAAAGAUUUUAUUAGGAAUGGCUUUUGCAUUCUUAUUCCUUUUCCUUUUCUUCAACUUGAUGAUGCCAAGAACUGCUGGAACACUCCCUGUUGGAUUCGCGCAUAUUUUCUCAUUCGGACAUUGGAAGAAAGUUUUUGCUUUUAGAAGAGCAGUUAAAAUUAAUCAUGAAGAUGACAAACACUUUAUUGAAGUCAACAAUAUUGAUAAGAAAUAUGGAUUUUCAACACAUGCAUUGAAAGAUGUUUCUUUCAACAUUGAUUCAGGAGAAAUCAUCAUCCUCAUUGGUCCAAACGGAUGUGGUAAGAGCACAUUGCUUAACAGUAUGACAGGAAGUAUUGACUGCAAUGGAGGCACACUUAGUAUUUAUGGCGAACUCUGCAAAGGUGGAUUCAGUGAACUUCAACAACAUCUUGGUAUCUGUUUCCAAGAUAAUAUCUUCUUUGACAGACUCAGUGUUCGCGAACACUUGAAUUUCUUUGCUGCAAUUUGUGGUUACAAAAAAGAUAAAAUCCGAGAAGUUGUUGAUCACGCGAUUGACUCAUUCAAUCUAGAAGAAUGCGAAAAUAACAGAGCAAUGGCUCUUUCAGGUGGUCAAAAGAGAAAAUUAUGUAUAGCUCUUGCUCUCAUUGGUACUCCUCGCAUUGUUAUUCUUGAUGAACCAACAGCAGGUAUCGAUGUUUCAACACGUCAGACAAUUUGGAAAGCUAUAUCUGGAUUUGGUAUCACAGCAAUCGUCAGUACGCACUCACUUGAAGAAGCAGAAUCAGUGAGUAGUCGUCUGUUCGUCAUGCGAAAUGGUGAACUCGUCUUCGAUGGUCCUUCAAACGAACUUCGUCGUAAAUAUCACUGUGGCUACCGUCUUACACCAAUGUAUCUUCCAGACACAGACACUAAGGAUAUGAACGAAAAGCUCCUUAGUUGGUGCAAAUCUAAGAUCAGUGAAUCUACAGAAGAUGAAACUCACGAAAACAGUAUUUUAAUUCCUGUUUGUCCUGAAAUCGUUAGUCUUCUUGAAGAACUCGAUACACAAAAGAGUGGAUUUAACAUGUCAGAGUUCAAUAUUAUUAUCGAACAGCUCGAAAAUGUUCUCUAUCGUAUGUAUGCUGAUGAUGAAAAUGCUGAAGCUAAAUAG